AUGCUGAGCAGCGCCGCGAUCAUGGCGGUGGCCGGCGUCGCGCUCGUGGCGGCCAUCGCGGCGGCCGUCGUCGCCGUCAAGUCGACCCGGCCGCAGUCUCUGGACAUGGCGACGGCCAGUGUCAAGAACGUGCCAACGACGAUCGAGGACGAGCCGCCAGUUGCCGAGUGCUAAGAUACAGAGAGCUGAG